AUGGAAAAGAAUGAGGAAGAACAACUGGAAGGGGAGAAUAUUCAAGAAGACGUUGGAAGAGUCAUGGAAGACGAAAUAACUAAUAAUCAGGACCAAAAAGUUGAGUCUUCUUCUUCUGAGGAAAAGCCUAAAACUCCAACUGUUCAUUUUACAAAACCAAGCUUUUACCGAGUGAACACUGUGAUAAGUGAUGUAAAAGUGUGUCGUUCGAUGUCGUACGAUAUGUGUGGAAAUCAUCAGCAAGAGCUGCUCUUCGAUCUUUACAAGGAUGAGACGACAGGAAAAGUCUAUCUUCCACGAUUUUUCAAGGCUUUGCUUGAAAGCGGAAUCCGAAAAGACGAUCCUCGAAUCGACAAAAUGAUUCAAAACAUUAAAGAUGCUGAUCUUCUGGAUGAUUUUGUAUGGGGCUCCCAACACAUUUAUUUGGAAAAGGACACAUUCAAGAAAUACAUUGGAAGUAGCAUUGGAGUGGUGACGAAGGCAUUGAAGAAGCAGAUGAUCAUACCGGAUUGGGAACGGUUCGUUGGAGAUAUGGGAGAGAUUUUUGAAGAUGUUCGAGGAUUCAAUGAAGGAGAACUGGCAACGUAUAUUCCACAACUAUCACGAGUUCCACCUGAUAGUUGGGCAAUGUCUGUAUGUACGAUUGAUGGGCAAAGGAAGAGCUGGGGAGACUCAUUGAAUCCGUUCUGUCUGCAAAGUGUUUCAAAACCCUUCACUUAUGCUCUGGUUCAUGAUGAUAUUGGACCGGAGGCGUUGCAUGCACACGUGGGACAAGAACCUUCUGGAAGACUAUUCAACGAUAUCAGUUUAGAUCAUAAUAAAAAACCCCACAAUCCACUAAUCAACGCUGGUGCGAUCGUCGUUGCUUCGCUGCUCAAAAACAAGACUCCACUGGCAGAUCGCUUCGAUUUUAUGAUCCACGCGUGCCGGAAAUUCGUCGGAAGUGGAUACAUUGGAUUCAACAACUCGGUAUUUUUGUCUGAAAGAGAAACGGCUGAUCGAAAUUAUGCUCUAUCGUACUACAUGAGGGAACACAACGUCUUUCCGAAAGAUUUGAAUCUCCAAGACACUCUUGAUCUCUACUUCCAAAUUUGUUCCAUCGAGACCAACUGUGAUUCAUUGGCUGUAAUGGCUGCCACGUUGGCGAAUGGUGGAGUGAAUCCGAUGAAUGGUGAACGGGUUGUGAAUAAUCGUGCGUGCCGAGACACACUUUCUCUGAUGUACUCAUGUGGAAUGUACGAUUGGUCGGGUCAGUUUGCAUUCCAUGUUGGUCUCCCUGCAAAGUCUGGAGUAUCUGGAGAUAUGAUAAUUGUGAUACCAAAUGUGAUGGGCAUUGCAUUGUACAGUCCACGACUAGACAAAUUGGGAAAUACGGUUAGAGGAGUGAAGUUUGCGGAGCAGUUGGUACAGAAGUAUAAUUUCCACAAUUAUGAUAGUUUGAUUUACUCGGACAACAAAAAGAUUGAUCCCCGUCGGCAACUGAAAGACGAUCAUGAUGGUCAGAAUAGAUUUAUGUAUGCCACAAAAUUGGGAGACAUUGCUGCAAUCAAACGAUUCCUACUGAUGGGACACGAUAUUCAUUGCAAAGAUUACGAUAACAGAACAGUUUUACACGUGGCAGCUGCCGAAGGAGACGUCGUUACAUUGGAAUACGUUCUGAGCAAAUGGCAGGAAGAUCCUGAUCCACUUGAUAGAUACGAUCGAACUCCUUUGGAUGAUGCGAAACAUUUUAACCACACGGCGUGUAUCAAACUUCUCGAAGAGGCAAUUACUGUUUUCAAUCUCAAGCAACAGGAUGAUUAG